GUUAUUAUCUCCAUUUUACAGAUGAAGAAAUUGACUUGCCCUAAGUCACAGCCAGUAAAUGUCUGAGGCAGAAAUGAAACUUGGGUCUUCCUAACUCCAAAGUCCAAUAUGCUAUUUACUGCAUCAGCUAGCUAUGGAAAAAGAAGGAGCCCUUAAAAACAUCUAACUACUUUUGUCUUAAGUUUAUGUUGGACAAAUAAUUUUUUUAAUCUUUUAAAGCUAUGAAAGAUUAAUGAAGAGAUUAUUGUAUGUGGACUUGGGGGAAGUAAGCUGGUGAAAAUGGAAUAAUAAGAUUUGGAGGUAGGUUGAUGAUUUGGAGUAAUUAGUAAGGAAUCAUACAACUUAGCUCUUACCUUGAUUCCAUUUUCUCUUCCAUGGUAAGUAAAAUUUCUUGAAGUAGAAUAGGACAGAGUAGUUAGAGCCUUAAAGCCUAAGUUAAGAGAUUAGAUGGUUAGGCAACAAUUUUUGAUUCCCCAUGCCUUGAUACCCUAGACCUUUGAAAGAACGUCCAGAUAUCAAGCAUUUUAUUUUAUUUUUUUGAAUGAUCUUAGAAAAUGAGUGGUGUAUUAGAGGACUAGAGAAGUGGAAAAUGUCCCAGUUUUCAAAAAGAGAAGAUGGUGAGGCCUACAAACUAUAGACAAGAUGGGGAACAGAACAUCCUCUUCCAUGGAUAAAUCAGAAAUUACUCCUAUAAAUCAGAUCCAGGAAACAAUUACACAUAAUUGUGUAGUGAUAUUCUCAAAAACAUCCUGUUCUUAUUGCACAAUGGCAAAAAAGCUUUUUAAUGACAUGGAUAUAAAAUAUACCGCAGUGGAAUUGGACAUGCAUAAAUAUGGAAGCCAGUUUCAGGAUGCUCUUCACAAAAUGACUGGUGCAAGGACUGUUCCGAGAAUUUUUGUCAAUGGGACUUUUAUUGGAGGAGCAACUGAUACUCAUAGGCUUCACAAAGAAGGCAAGCUGCUUCCAUUAGUUCAUCAGUGUUACCUAAAAAAGUUCGGAUCAAAGAAUUUCAGACAGUAAUGUAGACUGCCUUGACUGUGCUGGCAAAUGUCAGCUUUUUAGUCAUUCUGCUUAUAAAAUGUUUUAAAAAAUUCUUUGAAAAUGUGAAAUCUUUCGCAAAGAAUGGCCUAUGAAAUGAACAAUAAAGAUGUGUGGAAACCUAUUAAA